AUCCAUUUAUUAUGGCGCCAUGUCGCUUCCACUUCUUCUCUCCUCUUUCUCCUCUCAUUCAUUCUUCUCUGUCGUACGACUUUCACAACAGCGCAGCAUUAUGAAACUGAAACCCCAUUUGUCACUACAAACAAAUCCUCAACCUCCCCAAAAAAGUUCUUCUCUUUCUUAAAAAUAAUCCUAAGCUCUUGUUUUUUUUCUUUGUUCUUAUUCUUUUCUCAUGGCUGGUGGUUGGGUCAAAUCAUUGCAUUGCAAAUCUAAAGCUUUUGAAGAUGUUUACAAUCCAAACACAAAAAACAGAAUACACAAUACAAGUUGUAAAAUGAGUGUUCAAAACAUCAAAGAUGUUGUGGUUGAAACAGCAAAACAAAAACCCAAACAAAAACCCAAUCCCAAAAAACCGCUUCAAAAACAUCAUAGUUCAAGAUAUCCAACACCUUCCACCAAACCCGAUUUCGAAUCCACCAUGAACCGUUCACGUAGCACAAACGCAAACGCAACCGCAACCGCAACCACAACAACCACCACCAACCGCCACCAUCCGGUGCCGGACCCGCGGUUAUCGUCUCUCACAGAGCUUACAGAAGGACAUCCUUCACGCAACGUGGUGGAGAUAAUCUUUCAUACAAGCUGGGGACCGAAGCCGUUUUCGGGUCAGGUUGAGAUGAUUUUUAAGGUUCACAACGGUUCGCGAACGGUUUCGCGGUUCGAGGAGUAUCGUGAAGCGGUGAAAACCCGGUCCGGUUCGGUUAACACGGAUUCGGAGGAUAAUCAUGAGGAGAAUGCGCGGUGUGUUGCGGAUGGGAAUGAAGUGAUGAGGUUUCAUUGUUUGGGACCCACUUCUAGCGGUGGUCCCUAUGGUGGAGCUAGUGUGGGGUUGUUUCCAGGUGGGAAAGGUACGGCGAUCUGCACAUUUUCUGGCAGCAGUGGGGCGCAUGAGAGCUCUGGUUGUGGUAGGGGAAGAAGGGCUAUGCUGGUUUGUCGGGUUAUAGCGGGUCGGGUUUCGAAGCAAGUCGGGUUUAUGGACUCGUUGUUGGAUGGACGAGUUGGGUUCGACUCGGUGAGUGGGGACAAUGGCGAGUUAUUAGUUUUUGACUCACGUGCUGUAUUACCUUGUUUUCUUAUUAUUUAUAAAUUGUAAAAAAAAAAUCUUGUUUACUGUUCUUACUUUUGAAUUUUAAUAUUUGAUUUUAGUAGUUUUAGUUUUUUUAGGAAAAUACUUUUUUCCUUGUUUAUUUUUGUUUGGGAUGUACUUAUUUGAUUGUUGAGAUGAGGUGUUUCAAAACAGGUUCUUUCCAUUUCAA